AUGAGCUGGAGAAGGGUGGGAAAGGCAGCACAGGCGGUGGCAGCGCAUGCUUUGCUUUUCAGUUUCACGGUUUCGCUUGUUCUAAAGCUCGAUCAUACCGUCUCCUACUCUUGGUGGAUUGUUUUCUUUCCGCUCUGGCUAUUUCAUGCUGUUGUUGCCCGAGGAAGAUUCUCUCUACCUGCUCCCUCUGUUCCUCAUGAUCGCCAUUGGGCACCAUGUCAUGCUGUUGUUGCUGCGCCGUUUCUUGUUGCAUUCGAACUGCUUCUUUGUAUAUAUCUCGAGAGUGCAUAUGCCAAUCACUCUGCUGCAGUGAACUUGAAAAUUGUCUUCCUUCCAUUGUUGGCAUUUGAGGUUAUUGUCCUCAUUGACAAUUUUAGAAUGUGCAAGGCUUUAUUACCUGGAGAUAAUGAAAGCAUGAGUGAUGAGGCAAUAUGGGAAACUCUUCCUCAUUUCUGGGUGGCAAUCUCCAUGAUUUUCUUUCUUGCUGCUACAGUGUUCACCGUCCUGAAGCUGUGUGGUGACAUUGUUGCCCUUGGCUGGUGGGACUUGUUCAUAAAUUAUGGUAUUGCAGAGUGCUUUGCAUUUCUUGUCUGUACAAAAUGGUCUAAUCCAGUGAUUCAUAGAAAUUCUCUUACUAGAGAAGCAAGUUCAUCAUCAACUGCUAUUAGAUAUGUUGACUGGAACAGUGGCUUGGUGGUAUCUUUAGAGGAUCAAUCUCGGAAUAGAAUGUGCGGCCUGCAAGACAUUGGUGGCCACAUUAUGAAAAUUCCAAUAAUUGGAUUUCAAGUCCUCCUUUGUAUGCACCUUGAGGGAACACCACCAGGUGCUAGACACAUUCCUCUUCCAAUUCUCUUUUCUCCUAUUUUUGUACUGCAAGCUGCUGGGCUCAUGUUUGCUGCAUCAAGAUUAGUAGAGAAAAUUGUUCUUUUACUACAAAGUGAAGCUGGCAGAGGAAGAUAUUUUACUUACUCUUCAAGAGUCCUUCUCUCCUUCCCGCUCUCAAAUCUUCGAAAAUAUUGGCUGAAACUUUACAGCUUUCCCGAAAUCGGUGUUUACGUCGGAGUCGACGCUCGUUUUACAGCUUCCCCGAAAUCUAAUCAGCUUCUGCUCUUCUGGAGUUCUGCUUCUGCAGCUUCUGGAGUUCUUUCUUCACUCUUCUGGAGCUGGACCAGCAAGUCGAGAGGAACAGCCGAACAGGCACGCCUCUUCCAUGACGGUGUCUCAGGUUAUAACACUUUUUGCGGUUAUCCGCCCGAUAUAGUGAAGAAAAUGCCGAAGAAGGAUCUUGCUGAGGAGGUUUGGAAACUUCAAGCUGCUCUCGGUGAGCAAAUGGAAAUUACUAAAUUCAACCAACAGGAGUAUGAAAGACUUCAACAUGAAAAAGUUCUUUGUAGACUCUGUUUCGAGGGAGAGAUUAGCCUUGUUCUUCUUCCAUGUAGGCAUCGCAUUCUGUGCAGCAACUGCUCUGAUAAAUGUAAGAAAUGCCCGAUUUGUCGUGUCUCUAUUGAGGAACGCUUAUCUGUAUAUGAUGUAUAG